AUGUUUUCGGGAAGGAAGGUGAAAUGGAAUCAUUUCGGCAAGAAGUACUCACUACGAAUCAGCGAUUAUGAAAUGGAAUAUGCCGACUUGUAUGACGUAAGCACUGAUCUUCGUACUUGUUGA